ACGUACACUUGCAUGUCUGUAGCUGAAUAGUCACCAUCGGCAGUCGCUUCUGGAGGGUCAAUUCCUUGUUUGUUUUUUUUGAAUAAAAAGUAUUUAGUUUCCCCUCCUCAGCGGACCUUCGUGGCAACCGGGCUGACAUGGCGACGGAGAUAACGACAGGUGUGGAGCAAGUAUCAGUGGGUGAGCUGUAUGUGUCAGACAAAUGCGGCAGUGACCAGGAUGGAGACGGCACGGAGCAGAAACCCUUCAAAACUCCUCUCAAGGCUCUGAUGUUUGCUGGGAAGGAGCCCUUCCCGACCAUCUAUGUAGACUCUCAGAAGGAAGAAGAGCGCUGGGCGGUGAUCUCUAAGACGCAGAUGAAGAAUGCAAAAAAGGCCUUUAACCGUGAGCAGAUGAAGAGUGAUGCCAAAGAAAAGAAGGAGGCAGAGGACAAUGAGAGGAGAGAGAAGAACCUGGAAGAAGCCAAGAAGAUCGUCAUCGAGAGUGACCCCAGCCUGCCUGAGCCUGAAACAGUUAAAAUUAAUCAUCUGGAGCCAAAGAGAGGUCAAAGAGUCAAAGUGUUUGGAUGGGUUCAUCGCCUCAGGAGACAGGGGAAGAAUCUGAUGUUCAUUGUACUGAGAGAUGGAACCGGUUUCCUCCAGUGUGUCCUGUCUGAUAAACUGUGCCAGUGCUACAACGGCUUGGUGUUAUCCACAGAGAGUACUGUGGCUCUGUACGGGACUGUCACCCCCGUUCCUGAGGGGAAACAGGCGCCUGGAGGCCACGAGAUGCACUGUGACUUCUGGGAGCUGAUUGGCUUAGCUCCAGCUGGUGGGGCUGACAACCUGCUGAACGAAGAGUCGGAUGUAGACGUCCAGCUGAACAACCGGCACAUGCUGAUCAGAGGAGAGAACGUCUCCAAGAUCCUCCGAGUCCGAUCCACCGUCACGCAGUGCUUCAGGGACCACUUCUUUAGCUGUGGAUACUAUGAGAUCACUCCUCCGACCCUGGUGCAGACACAGGUGGAGGGCGGCUCCACGCUGUUUAACCUCAACUACUUUGGUGAGCAAGCGUACUUGACACAAUCCUCCCAGCUCUACCUGGAGACCUGCAUACCUGCCCUGGGAGACACCUUCUGCAUCGCCCAGUCGUACCGGGCCGAGCAGUCUCGCACCCGAAGACACCUGUCCGAAUACACUCACAUCGAGGCGGAGUGUCCCUUCAUAUCGUUUGAGGAUCUGCUGAACAGACUGGAGGACCUGGUGUGUGACGUGGUGGACCGAGUGCUCAAAUCCCCCGCCGCACCGCUGCUGUACGACAUCAACCCGAACUUCAAACCCCCUAAAAGGCCAUUCCGGAGGAUGAACUACACUGAAGCCAUCGAGUGGCUCAGAGAGCAUGACGUCAAGAAGGACGACGGGUCCUACUACGAGUUUGGAGAGGACAUCCCUGAGGCUCCAGAGAGGUUGAUGACAGACAGCAUCAACGAGACCAUCUUGCUCUGUCGUUUCCCAGCUGAGAUCAAGUCCUUCUACAUGCAGCGCUGCGCUGAGGACAGGCGCCUCACCGAGUCGGUCGACGUGUUGAUGCCAAAUGUUGGUGAGAUUGUUGGAGGCUCGAUGCGUAUCUGGGACUCUGAGGAGCUGCUGGACGGAUACAAGAGGGAGGGAAUCGACCCAACCCCGUACUACUGGUACACUGACCAGAGGAAGUACGGCACAUGUCCUCACGGUGGUUAUGGUCUGGGUCUAGAGCGUUUCCUCACCUGGCUGCUGAACAGACAUCACAUUAGAGACGUCUGCCUGUAUCCACGAUUCAUCCAGCGCUGCCGACCCUGAACAGACACACACACACACACACACACACUCACACACAUUCUGUUAGUGUAUCUCGACCUGGCACGUGAGUGUAAAAGGUGUCGCUAAAUCAAAUAACAAAGAAGUCAGUGUAUUGUCCUGUUAGCUGCUCUAUUCUCUGAAGAGUUCACGUCUUCACAGAGAACUCCACGAUGGCUCUGCUUUGCUAUGCUCUGUCUCGUAUCCCACAGCUUCCUCCUCACGUGUUCUGACUGAACCCGGAAUCUGACCAUUUCUGCCUCUGCUGAUGCUCAAAUUAUUUAACCAGUGGUGAACACUGGCAUUUCUUGUUACUGUACAAAGUGUCUGUAAGUCCUGAAAAAUAGAAAAAUGUCUCAAAAGUGGUCCUCCAUGCUGCUAAAUAAUAGCUUUUUUUUUCAAUUUACUGGUUAAUUGAUUAAAACUAUCCACAGGAAUUUGUAAAAAUUAACUUACAAAUGUAAUUGCAGAGAAGAAAAUUUUAAAGCUGCGUGAUCAUUCAUUUUUUAAGUUAUAUUUGCAAAUUCCUGUGGAAGUUUGUGGUAAAAUAAACCGUAAGGGGAAUUUCAAAUGCUUCAGCAUAUUAUGGUGAACUGUCCACCAGCCAUACAAACUGAUUGCUGGUAUGUCAACAUUUCAGUAGUUGGUAUUUUUUCUCUAGUUAUUCGCAUUCAAAAUAUUAGAAGAAGUCUUAAAUGGAAGUUGAUGGAACUUGCAGCCACUCUGUUGUUUUCUGAAGUAAACAAUCACUUUCAGAGCUUCACAGUAAGUGUGUUUCAAUUCAGGGACCUUGUACUGUUGUUGGCUAACAUAAAUUUGAUGCCAAAUUUGUGUUAUAAAUCACUCAAACAGUGUAUC